GUUGAAUUGUCACCUGAGCAACCAGUUCAACCACUUGAAAAUAUUGUGCCAUCAGUCCAACCCGAAACACUUCGUCCACCCAAACCCACCCCAUCUCAAUCUCCACCUCCCCCUCAACCUCCCGUUAAACAUAUCCAACCAAUAAUUCCAACUCAGUCAGGAGCAGAAGUUGGUGCGAUUCCAUCCGAUUCCGACGAAUCAGUGCAGUCGUCUGCGGGUGAUGUGUUACCCGCGCAGCCAGAAGCACCACGAAUAGAUCCAACAAUAACGGCUAUCGAGCAGAAACCGAAAACUGCGCCAGCAGAUCUCGACAAAGUCAAGCCACCCGAAGUUGACUUCUCACAAGACUCCGGAGUGGUUUCAGUGGAUCCAACGCAGCUGUCCAUCGCUAAACUAGUGCCCACAAAAACAAACCAAGCAACCUCAUCUUCGGAAGAAACUGAACAAGAGAGUGUAUCAAACAAACCAUUGUUUGUAUUCACAACCCCACAGGUAUUGUUGUUUAUCACCUUUCAGAUCAAAUUAUCAUUUCAAGUAGCAAAGCAGUGCUUUAAUGAAUUUCUAUUUUUAUUGAGGAAUCAAUCCAGUUUUUAA